AUGGCGGAACGCGCUUCGUCUACCCUCCUCAUUUUCGCAAUGCUGCUGCUUGCCUCCAGCAGCGGCAACGCCUUAGAUACCACCACCUAUCCCUCCGUCGGCCUCCACUCCCCUGCUCUGGAGAAACCACAAGAUGCAUCCUCAGCCGUCGAUGUUCGCAGCACGAUUCUCGGCGAUCCCAAGGUGUCCGUCGCCGUGAAAUUCAUCUCCAACCUGCUCACGCGCACCGCGGCGCGCCUCACGGUCGGCAACUACGAAAAGGCCGCCCGGGAGCUCUUCGCGCCGCUCGCGCUCGUGCUCCCGCCGGACCAGCCGCUACAGUACCUCCCGGAUCCGAUCUCCCAAGCCACCUUCUUGCAGCAGCGGCAAGAUUUGAUUGGCGCGACGUUCGCCGUCACGCGCCUCGACGUGUACGAGCCGACGCCGAAACGCUACCUGGACUAUUCCAUCGCGACGCUCGGCUCCAUGUGGACCCUGCAGGGCCCCGCUAAGUUCGUCUUCCUCUGGGACCUUGUGCGUGACGACGGGCUUGCCGCUGCUGCCGGCGCCGUGGCCGAUAACGCGGCGGCCAGUAACUCUGCCGGCGACGCGGCCGACAACUCGCUCUACAUUUGGGCGGUUAGCUGGAUGGCGUGGAACUACGACUUCCCUGCUCCUAAGAAAUCGCCGCCUCCGCCUCCCCCCCGUCCGACCCCUCCGCACCCCCCAUCCCCCUCGGCGGCGGACGGCCUCCGUGAGGGCCUCCGCGAGGCGCUUCUCCGCGGAGAAACCGGCGGCGCGUCCGAGCUUUUCCCCCGCGCGGCGCGGUCGGACUUGGAGGCGGAAAUGCAGGCGGCGUGGUUCGCGGAGGCGCAGGCGGCGGCGACGGCCGCCGGGUUCGGCGGCGGGCCGAGGCCGAUUCGGCCGGACGCGGGGUCGGCGCUGGUGGGCAUUCAGGCGUCUAUCGAGGCGUUCUUUAACGCGCUCGCGUCGGGGGAUCUGCUGGGCGCGAGCCGCCUGUUCGGACCGCCGGGCGAGCCGACGCUGCUGCUCCCGCCGGGCUCGCGCGCGCUCAUGCUCGCGACUACCCCGCAGAUUCUGCAGCUGCUAGGGGUGAGUGCGCGUGGAAGGAGGGGGAAGGGGAGGAAGAAACAGGGGGAAAGAGGGAGGGGGGGAGAGGGAGGGGGAGGGGUGGCGGGGAGGAAGGGAAGGGGGUUCUUGGACUUCGUGGCGAGCGGGUCGACGGUGGCGGUGACAAUGGAGGAGGUGAUAGUGGUGAAGUACAAGGUCAGCAGCUACCCCAUCAAGGGGCAGAACCCGUACCACGUCAUCACGCGCGGCUCGUAUACGCUGCUCGAUAACACUGGUGAGCGAGGGGGGGAAAUGGGGGGAGGGAGGGAAGGGAGGGAAGGGAGGGAAGGGAGGGAAGGGAGGGAAGGGAGGGAAGGGAGGGAAGGGAGGGAAGGGAGGGAAGGGAGGGAAGGGAGGGAAGGGAGGGAAGGGAGGGAAGGGAGGGAAGGGAGGGAAGGGAGGGAAGGGAGGGAAGGGAGGGAAGGGAGGGAAGGGAAGAGGGAAGGGAGGGAGCGGCGGAGGGAAGGAGGGAAGGGAUGGAUGGAGGGAGGGAGGGGGGAGAGCCACGGAGACAGACAGGGGGAAGGUGGUGCAGCUGUGGACGCAGUACCUGCCGCCGCUGCCCCCACCACCGGCACCGCAGCCAGCACCGGCUGCAGCGGGCAUCACGUGCACGCCAUGUCGCGUCCGCGACAUCGCAUCAUAUCCGGCGGGCAAACCGGCGCGGAUCGCGGGGCGCUGAUGGCCGCGCGCGCGCUCGGCCUCCCGUUCGGCGGAAGCUGCCCCAAGGGCCGGCGCGCGGAGGACGGGGAGAUCCCGCGGGCGCUGGCGGAGCAAAUGGCGGAGCUCCCGCAGGCGGAAUACAGUGCGCGAACAGAGCGGAACGUGGCGGACGGUGAUGUGACGCUGGUGCUGCUGCUGCAGAGCCCGUGGGAGGGAGGGGAGGCAGGAGAAGCAGGAGGAGCAGGAGGAGCAGGAGGAGCAGACGAAGCAGGGGGAGCAGGAGGAGCAGGAAAGGCAGGAGGAGCAGGAGGGGCAGGAGCAGCAGGGGGGGUUGUUUGGGCAGCUGCUGAGGCGAUGGAGUGCGGAAAGACUCCUGCUCCUCCGCCUCUUGCUCCUCAAGGGGGAAGUGGGAGUGAGACGGGGGAGUGGGUGGGAGAGAGGGCGGUGGGGCGAGUGUGGCAGGUGAGUGCAGGCACGUGGCUGACACUGGAGCUGGCAGCAAGGUAUGGCAAGCCGUGUAUGGUGGCCGUGCUGCCUCCGUGCUGCCGCUGCAUGGAGAGAUGCCAUGGUGUUGAUCGUGCAUUGCCGUAUGGUGGUCAUGCCGAUGCUGCUGAUCUGUGCGAGGAGGAGCAACAGCAGCAACAGCAGCAGGAGCAUAGUGAGAGCAGCAAGGUGUGCUCCAAGCGGUGGCAGGACAGAGAGGGAGCAUGUGAGGAGAGGCUGGGAGGUGUGGUGGAGAGGGUGUGUGUGUGGCUGGAGCAGCAGGAGGCGCGUGUGGUGAACGUGGCAGGGCCCAGGGAGAGUGAACAACCAGGGCUCACUCGUGCUGCUGUGUGCUUCACCACUGCUCUGCUGCUGCGGUGGAAGGAGCCAUUGCCAUAG